AUGGAAGGGAGAAGCUUUUCUCCCUUCUUGCAGUGGGGCGACCAACGACGAUGUGGGGUAACCUUGAAGCGGCACUUACCGGGAGGGAGCAUACUUGUUCCUUACAGUGCCGGCAUGAUACCAUGCUUGUAUCAUACAAGUACAUAUGAUACACUGUAUGAUACGAGCAUUAUAUUAUGUAGGGUAUAUUCAGUACCGCAAAAUUAGCCAGCAAAUGCCAACUUGGGCAAAGUCACCACUAGAAA